ACCAUAGAUAAGGCAAAACUCAGAGUUCAAUAGUCAAUAAUCAAAGGAGCGGUAGCUAGCCCAGAAAAUGGUUAAGCUACCCUCUCUUCUCCUCUUCAUUUUCGCCUUCGUCUUCUUCUUCACACACUCAUUUUCCAGAUCCAUCACUUCUCCACAGCCUCAUCUUCUCAAAUCCUUCACCCCCAAAUCCAACCAGAGUGGAUUACUGAAUGCAAGAAGCUGCUCCUACACAGUUAUCAUCAAGACCAGCUGCUCUUCUGUGGCUUACACCAGAGACAAAGUCAGUAUAGCAUUUGGUGAUGCGUACGGGAACGAGGUUUAUGUAAAGAGGCUUGAUGACCCGUAUUCAGGGACCUUCGAGAGGUGUUCGACAGAUACGUUCCAAAUCAAGGGACCCUGUACGCGUGACAUCUGUUAUCUGUACCUGCUGAGGAGUGGAUCGGACGGCUGGAAACCCGAGAGUGUUAAGAUCUACGGCACAUAUACGAAGACGGUGACAUACUAUUAUAAUGUUUAUCUACCAAAUGGUGUCUGGUAUGGGGUUAAUGAGUGCCGUAGGGCCUCUCUCUCUGCUGAUAUGUAGGAGGAGGAGGAGGAGGAGGAGGAGAAAAAUAUCAAUCAAUUUUCAAUAAUAAUUUAAUUAAAUAAUCAGAGUGAUAUAAUCGUGUUUAA